AAACCCGGAAAAAAUCAGAGAGACGAAGCUCAGAGGUGUUGUUGAGGUAUUGUUACUGCUAGUACAUUAUUUGACUAAUAAUUUGAAUGUUUUUGAAAUACAGGUACUUAAGGUAGAACGAGCAAUUUUGAAGCUGUUGUACUUUUCUAGAAGCAUCUUCUCCGCCGUAUCGGAAAUGUAUGAAUAGAAGGAAAACUGUUGCUCUAUAAUGUUAUUUUGUGCCAUCAUCUUCUAACACGUACAAGUUUGAAGCAUCAUUAUUUUACCCAUUGAAGUGAAACGAGAGAUUCGACUUACACCAGAGACUUAACCCAGCAUGUCAUCCACACCAAAUCAAAGCCCAGCUUUCACUUGCUCUAGCGAACCUGCUGGUCUGUCAGCCAAACGUAAGAGAAUGAAACAUUUCUCCAAAAAGCAGUUGAACAGCUUACGGAGAGAUUGUCGAAUAAACAUUGGCGGGGCCUUUCAAAGUUGGCGCAACCUCAAAGAUUCACAUGGAUUCAGGUCUGAUGCAGAGGUGGCCUUGCAUCUUCUUAAUGAAACAGAGACAUUUCCUCCUGUGUCUGGACCUGCUCAAGCUGGCAACAUGAGGCUAAAGAUCUCCCAAUCAGAAGUGCAAGCUCUGAUAGAGCAGGAGGUCCAUAAAGCUGUGGCAAAUAAAGAAAGGCAGAUUGAGAGCAUUAUACAACACAUUCAAGACACAAAUGAUGAAGCCAGCUUCGUAACGUCCAUUCAGAGACUAGAGAGUCGAGUCGAUGCCAUAACAAGGAGAACGGAGGUGGCUCUCUCCCACUUAGCAAGUAUUCAGAAACAGAGUUCUGCGUCCUCCACUGGUAACACCGACAUCCUCGGGAAAGGCCCAGAGCACGACCCUCUGGAAGCCUCGUCACGGAUAGACUCAAUCAGAACAAAUUGUGAAGCAAAAAGUGGGGAGCUUCUCAAAAUGAUGGACACCACAAGAAACGCACUGAAGAAUAUUCGUGCUGACAAUGAGGUGUUGACCACUGCCUUGGCGGAUUUGGAGGACCCUCCUCCUGUUCUGACGCCUCUGUGUUCUCCUGUUUCUAAGGAAAGAAAAGUGGGACAAAACAAUCAGUGGUCAAGUAAUGAAGAUUUAUGUGAGAGGCCGCCGCCACCGUGUCUUAGUCCCUGUGACUCUCCAGAACUUAAGAAGAUUGCCAGUAUAAAAACAGAGGCAACAAAUUCCCGCAACGAAGACCGCGAUAAUGAGAAUCAAGACCAUUUCGACGAGCCCAUGGCUAAACGGUUAAAAAAAGGAGCUUCCCCUCUUCGCCACAGUAAGAGUCCCGCAUCCAAUGAUUUGGAAGGCAUAGAGUCGACGAACAAUGCGGAGGACAUGCUCAUGUGUCCGCCUCUUCCCAACAUCCCCUUCCCAGCCGACCUGAAGAAGGAAGCAGCUUCGUACAAGAUGCCUCCGAGAGUAGACGUAAAUCUGGCCUUCAUCAGGAAUCCGACUCGAGUCUCCGUCCUCUGGAACGUGGAGGACAAAGACCCCAAUUUGCCACCGAUGGAAAGCUACACCAUCCUGCUGACGAUGGAGACCUCUAAAGGGAGCGGCGUCUUCCUCAAGUGGGAUACUUAUGAUAAACUGCAGGCCAAGUCUCUGCCCAUGUGUGCUCUGAUCAAUAAGUUCAAGCGUGGGCACAAGCUGUGUGCUGUUGUGGUGGGCAAAGACAUAUUUGGUCGCUACGGACCCUAUAGUAAAGUUGUUACGGCGAUCCUACCAGACUAAUUGCAGGCAGGACGACUUUGAAACCUAAAAGCUUUCAUUUGUUGCAGAACUAUUUGUCAGUAAAACAAUAUGCACUCAAAUGCCCCUAAAAUGAAUUAACAAACACUGUAGCCUUAGAAAGAUGUCUUUUAAAAGUUUUAGUCAGGUUCUAGUUGGUAAAAUAAUUGCAGGCAAUCAAGAUUUUAACAAAAUGUUGGAUUUUGUUUAUUUGAUAAUAAAGUUCACUUUUAAAUGUUACUUUUCAUCAGCUGUUACAUUUUUUCCAUUGUAAAGUCAAAACGAUUUAACAUGUUUUAACAUAAAGUUUGUUGAAUAAAAUCUGUGUUACAUUUUA